ACUCGAAAACCACAUGUUCAUGAAAAACCUCUCUUUAUACCUACACACACAGAAACACAUGUUAGUCUUCGAAUCUUGAUAGUGUUGGAGUCUCUUACCAACACCGAGAUCGAUAACAACUUCAUGGUUCAUUGGUCAAUCUCUCAUCGACCCAAACUGCCGGAUAGCUUGCGCCACUUCGCCGCCCAUCCCCGGGAAAUAUUAUCGCUAUCAUAUCCAUGUCCAUCAUUUCCUAGCUUGCAUAUGCCCUGAAAAAGUCCACUCUUUCUAUUACGUUUCUCCUCUCUCUAUCAACAUCCAAAUCUUUGUAAACCCCGUUUCACAUAAUCUAAUCUACGGCCGUGAAACAAGAUUAGUAUGGACGGUCCCGAUCUAUCGGGUUUAAGACCACAGACCUCGUUGACUUCUGGUCUUCCCUUUCCAGAUUCCACUCCUCCCCAGACUGCCCAGACUAAGAAGAAGUCGAGGAGGGGCGCGAACCCGUCCAUCCAAAAACGUCGAUGCGUCAGCACCGCCUGUAUAGCAUGCCGACGGCGGAAAUCGAAAUGCGAUGGCGCCCUCCCAAGUUGCGCCGCUUGCGCGAGUGUCUACGGCACCGAGUGCAUUUACGACCCUAACUCGGAUCAUCGUCGCAAAGGAGUAUACAGAGAGAAGGUCGAUAGCAUGAAGGCCCAGAAUUCGACCCUCCAAAUUUUGAUCGAAGCCAUACUUAACGCAGAGGAAGACGACGUCCCCGAGAUAGUUAAGAAAAUACGGACCUGUGACAGCUUGGAUGCCGUAGCCGAAUCGAUACUCAAACAAGAGGAUUUCGGUGGUGGGCGAGCAGUGGAAGAAGAGGAAGAGUUAGAAAAUGAUUAUACCACAGAAAUGCCUAUCGAAGGCGAGAGAGAUCUCGCCCGCAAAAUGGGAGAACUAAGGGUAGAGAACGGAUCGACACGCUUCAUCGGCGGUACGUCCCAUCUAAUACACUGGGAUAUACACGGCACGCCCAAUCCGGAAUAUGAAUAUCGUAAUGCCAAUGCGGCUGAUGUCGACCCUAUCACCAGUUGGUCCGAUGUCACUAAAGAUCCAGAAGUCGUCAAACAUCUCCUCAGCAUGUACUUCAAUUGGCAUUAUCCGUACUUCACAACGCUCUCACGAUCGCUGUUCUACCGCGACUUUUUGAAAGGAAGGUCGAAUAUCUCGCCCAACAAGACGGCUUAUUGCUCGCCGCUGUUAAUUAAUGCCAUGCUUGCUUUGGGCUGUCAUUUCACGGACGCGGCCUGUGCCUACGCGACCGCCGGGGAUAGCUGGACUAAGGGAGACCAUUUCUUUGCGGAGGCUAAAAGGCUGAUCGUUGAUCAUGACGAGUAUGAAAAGCCUCGUUUGACAACGGUUCAAGCUCUGGCUCUGAUGUCCGUCAGGGAAGCAGGCUGUGGCCGAGAAGCUAAGGGAUGGGUCUAUAGCGGUAUGAGUUUCAGAAUGGCGCAGGAUUUGGGCCUCAACUUAGAUAUCGGAGGCCUCAAGAGCGACAACGAGAACCUAGACGAGGGAGAGAUCGACGCGCGAAGAGUCACCUUUUGGGGGUGUUUCUUGUUCGACAAAUGCUGGUCGAAUUAUCUAGGCCGACUUCCACAACUGCCAAAAAAUUCCUACAGCGUACCCAAAUAUGACGUUUUCCCGGACGAAGACGCCGAACCCUGGUGUCCGUACACAGAUACCGGUUUCGACGAGCCAGCGAAACAGCCGUCGCGAACACGCACGAUUGGUCUACAGCUAUCUAAGCUCUGCGAAAUCAGUAGCGACCUUCUAUUGUUCUUCUACCACCCUAACCACAUAGGACGAUCAAGCGGCAAGUCAGUCGAGCUAAAGAAACUUAGCGAACUACACCGGCGGCUCGAGGACUGGCGCAAAGAAUUGCCUCAGGAGCUCGAACCUAAGGAGGGUCAGCUGCCCAAUGUAAUACUGAUGCACAUGUUCUUCCAUCUCCAAUAUAUCCACCUGUUCCGACCCUUUCUCAAAUACUCUCCCGCCACAUCCCCUUUACCACAACAUGUAUCUCCGCGGAGAAUAUGUACCGCAAAUGCAGGUGCUAUCUCCAAGCUGAUGCGUUUAUAUAAGAAACUUUACAACUUACGCCAAAUAUGUAACAUCGCAGUGUAUAUGUUACAUUCGGCCUGUACUAUUCACAUACUCAACCUUCCCGAGAAGACCGCGAGGAGAGAUAUCAUCCAUGGCGUAAAGCACCUCGAAGAGAUCGCCGAGGAUUGGCUUUGCGGACGCCGAACCCUCAGCAUAAUCAGCGUUCUUGCCCGUAAAUGGAACGUCGAACUUCCCGAAGAAGCUUCGCAUGUUUUGCACCGUACGGAUGAAAAAUGGGGUACUUUCAAGACCUCCGAUGUCCCUUCGCCGCGAUCGCAUCUGGCGAUGUCACCCUCAUCCACGGCCACUCACACCACAUCGCCAAAGGCCGAACCUAGCCCCGCGGCUCAUCCUACGCCACCGGCUUCGGCUCCGUCUCCAAAUGUCGGUUUAGGACCAGGUGUAUCAUCGGAGAUCAUGAAUAACUUAACAUCAACACCCGCCAACUUCCAACCCGAUCCACAACUACAGCAACACGUAAUCGAUAAUGUUUCCAUCAUGGGCAAUUCAGUACCCUUGGAUACUGAUGGACUAGAUAAUCCGUCUUGGCAACCACCUCCAACCACGCAGCCCGUUCCCAACUAUCCGCAGACUUUCCCUUCAGUUCCAAGCAGUGCUAGGCCUAACCAAGCAUCACAAGGAAUGAGGCGAGCUCAGCACCCCAACUCUAUCUACGCAGUAGAUGGACAGGACUGGUACCUCAAAGACGGUGUAAGCUGGCAGUCCGGUUUCGAUACGUGGAACAUGGGGAGUGGUCCUUCCGCAUCCAACGUGUCCGAUCCAUCUAUGUUCAUAUUCGCGUCAAACUCCCCGGCUAAUAACUCCGGGCGGUCUCUGACUCCCAUGGAAUUCAACUUCGAAAAUCUGAACAACCUCUCUUCCAUAGAGGGCUGGGAUCUUACGAACUUGGAAUAGUGAAGAGUUGGACGACUUUUUGGUCAGCGGUAACCGAAGAUUGGCAUAUGUACCUGUACCAUAGAGGUCUGAGACCUGGUAAUGGUUAUCUCAAGUGUAUACCUAGGUAGUCUUGGGUAUUAGACGGUUGCUUGGAUUAGCGUGUUAUAGUCUGCUAUAUCUUGGAGUUGUGUAGUGGAUUCGGUCUAAAAGGGGUGAGUAAUAGAUUUUCGAGGGUCUUAUGACGACACGCUGUAUAUAAUGUCUUAGUGCCUCUUACCCCAGUCUUGCUUCACCUCUUGGAUAUGAUGAUGAACAACUAAUGGCAGGUCAGAACA